AUGAGUGUCGUUCAGUCCACCCACCAAUUUGCAGAUGCAGCCACUGCCAGGAUCCAGGGUUUGAGAAGUGAGCACUGCGAACUUCACAUUAGGCAAAAGCCCUUGCACGCAAAGGUCGCUGUUGGGAAAGAGAAAGACCGCAAGCCUGUUGAUCCCCCGCCAAUCAUACAGCUGAUUAUCUCUCCUCAAUCGGACCCUUCACAAAAUUAUUUGCAAAGUCCUUAUUUCUUUAUGUCAUGUAAUCUCGUCGGCGCGUCGGAAGGCAAUUUACCAUCAGGGCCGUUAGGGACGGCUUUAGCUGGCACUCUCGUAUCUUCGUUACACCGCUUGAAAGACUCGAGCAACAAUGAUGGCGCCUUUUUUGUUUUCGGCGAUUUGUCCAUCAAGCUUGAAGGUACUUUCCGGUUACAAUUUAACCUGUACGAGAUGCGCGACAAAGAAUGUUUUCACAUUCAAUCUACGCAAUCCGAUCCUUUUAUUGUGCACCCCCAAAAGACAUUUCCUGGAAUGUCGGAGUCUACGUUUCUUACAAGAUCAUUCAGUGAUCAGGGGGUUAGAUUAAGGCUAAGAAAGGAACCUCGGACCUUGCUCAAAAAGCGUGGACCAGCUUCUGACGAUUACCAGCCGAGACAAUAUAACCCUCGUUCCUCGAAUACCUCCACUCGCCCCCAACAGAGUCGAACUCAGAGCUUUGGUCAAGAACGACAGGAAGAACAAGAAUCUUCCAGACAAAGCCACGUCGAACCGAUCGAAACCACAAACCUACCAAUUCACCAACAGGCACAUGUACAACCUGCUGCCUAUGAUGCUCGUCCAGUUGGAGCAUCUCGCCCAUACACUCAUCAAUCCCAACAAUCUUCAAUCUCUCUAGGAUCAUCUUACAGUGACGAAGGACCUAACAAGCGUCCUCGAACCGGUUCAGAGCAUAGCUCUACUUACAGUCAACAACUCAGUCCGCAAGACGCAUAUCCUCCGAGAAAUUUCGACCAAUCUUAUCCCAAUUCAUUUGCUUCCCCAACAGGGACAUAUAAUAAUAGCGGUAAUUUCACAUUCGUUUCCCCUCCACCUAGUGGAAUAUCAUCUCGCGAACCUUACUUUUCGCAACGUAUCAAUACCCAACCGGGUCAUUCGCCAUCAUUCGAUCAAAGCAGCCACAGAUCACCACAAUCGGCACAUUUUCCACAAGCACCCCAAAUACAUCCUCUCCGAUAUCAGCAAUCGCUUCCUCAUAUGGGCGGACAUAUGGGUACCUCACCUACCCAACGUGGGGCCUAUGACUCUUAUGGGCCGAGGACGCAGAUGACACCUGCUCUAGGGCAGCUUGCAAUGGGCCCUCCUCAAUUUGGACGCAUGAAUACCAGCCCUACAACCUAUAGUCCGACUGGAACUUCGAUGGGAGCAAUGGGCCGAGCCAGGGAAUAUGAAUUCCCACUUCAGCAACUACAACAUGUGUCCACGGCUUCUCUUGUCGGGAAUUUAAUGUCAAGCAGUGCGCCACACGAGACCUCGAUCAGUGCCCCAGGCGAAUUAGAGAGGCUCGACCAGAGUCAAGCAUUCUAA